AUGUUUUGGUUGAGACCAAUUUUGCGUUCACAACCAAGAUCUUCAAUUUGGGUAUUACACCAUUCUUCCUAUGGAUAUGGAUAUUGCACUUCCUCUGCCGCUGCAAUUCAAGCUGAGAAAACCAUUCAACAUGGACCCAGAAACGACUGGACUAAAGACGAAGUCAAAUCCAUCUACGACUCUCCCAUUCUCGAUCUUCUCUUCCACGGGGCUCAGGUUCACAGACACGCUCAUAACUUUAGGGAAGUGCAACAGUGUACUCUUUUAUCUGUGAAAACAGGUGGGUGUAGUGAGGAUUGUUCUUAUUGUCCUCAAUCAUCUAGAUAUGAUACCGGGCUCAAAGGUCAGAGACUUAUGAACAAGGAGGCUGUUCUUCAAGCAGCAGUCAAGGCAAAAGAGGCUGGAAGUACUCGCUUUUGUAUGGGCGCUGCAUGGAGAGAUACAAUAGGAAGAAAGACAAACUUCAACCAGAUACUUGAAUAUGUUAAAGAAAUAAAGGGAAUGGGGAUGGAGGUGUGCUGCACCCUUGGCAUGCUGGAUAAAGAUCAAGCUGGUGAACUCAAGAAGGCGGGUCUUACUGCCUAUAAUCACAAUCUCGACACUUCCAGGGAAUACUAUCCAAACAUCAUCACAACAAGGAGUUAUGAUGAGCGCCUUCAAACUCUUGAAUAUGUUCGUGAUGCAGGGAUUAAUGUUUGCUCUGGAGGAAUUAUCGGGCUUGGAGAAGCUGAGGAAGACCGAGUAGGUUUGCUACAUACAUUAUCAACACUUCCUACACAUCCAGAGAGCGUUCCUAUUAAUGCACUUGUUGCUGUCAAGGGAACCCCUCUUCAGGAUCAGAAGCCUGUUGAAAUAUGGGAGAUGAUUCGCAUGAUUGCGACAGCGCGUAUAACAAUGCCAAAAGCAAUGGUGAGGUUAUCGGCCGGCAGAGUUCGGUUCUCUGUGCCUGAGCAGGCAUUGUGUUUUCUUGCUGGUGCCAAUUCUAUCUUUGCUGGUGAAAAGCUUCUCACAACUGCUAACAAUGAUUUUGAUACUGAUAAACUCAUGUUUAAAGUUCUUGGUCUUCUUCCAAAAGCUCCAACCUUAGAUGAAGACGAAACUAGCGAGACAGAGAACUAUAAAGAAGCUGCUUCUUCUAGUUGA